AAGAGAGCUUAGAAGUGCCAAAGUGGAGGCAAGGCAGCUCCCAACUACAUGCCCUGGGAAUGCUCCCAAGAGGAGAGGGUCUUUGCCACCUAUACCUAUAACCAGCUCCGAGCCGGACCUGGACGUGCUCCUGGAGCCUAGAGGGCAUCAGGAUAGCUGUGUGCUCACAUCAGGCUUGCUUCACCCUUCAGGUUUGCAAUUAUCUCAGGGUGAGUGGGCGUGGUCUGUGGGGUAAGAGACACUGGCAUGAAGCAUCAGGAAACACGUCAUAUUGUCAUCAUUGCACUAUUAGAGGAAUUGCAGCCGCUGCUUACUUGUACCCAUGGCUGUGUGUCCUGCAAUCCUUAUAAAGUAGACGAGCACACCUUGCCAUCAGUGUUAGGUUGGUGUCAGUGCGCUGCGAAGCCUGUCGGCCAUGAGGAUCUGUUACCUUCUCCUCCUGUUGCCCUUCCUGUUCUUGAUGCCCGUUCCAGGAAAUGGAGGAAUUAUAAAUACCCUGCAGAGGUAUUAUUGCAGAAUAAGGAGCGGUCGGUGUGCUCUGCUUACCUGCCUGCCAAAGGAAGAGCAGAUAGGCCGCUGUUCUUCCGCGGGCCGAAAAUGCUGCCGAAGAAAGAAAUAAAAAAAAAAAUCCAGAAACGUGAUGGGAACGUUGUAAAGUGUGAAAAUGCCUCCCGGAAGUUUAUAGAAGAAAAAUCAAAUUAAAUAUUUUUUUCAAAAG